AUCUUGUAACAGGAUGGGUGUAAUAUAUAAUAACGUAUAGACACUGUAGAAUUUCUCGACGUAUUUGGCAUCUUCACUCACCCAGAAAUCAAAUCACAGAGAAUUCCCUCAUUUGAUAUACUAUCCAAACUGCUUCUUUGAGACCUAGCUAGCUAGGGCUUUUGAGUAGUUUAAGGAAAGCACUUCAAUUCAACUUGGAGUACUGCUUCAGCUUUCUGCAGGAACACCCAUUUUCAGACGUACAGAAUGCCAGUUCUCAGUUUCUGAUAUCCCUAGGAGUUCUCUAAGAAUUUGAUACUGAGCUCAAGAACUAACUAACUGAUCCUAGAUAUGAUGAUUACAAGAGAAGUGGAUUUCUGUAAUGCUGGGACAAGACAGGAGGGGGAUAAUUCGAGUGAUGUGAAAGUGAAUCUUCAUGGGAAGACGGUGACGGUUGCGGGAUUCUCGGCGUCUAGGCCGACAACGUCGUCGUCGACGUCGACGACGUCGUGGACGAGGUUGAAGGAUCCGAGGAUUGUGCGUGUUUCGCGGGCGUUUGGGGGGAAAGAUCGGCACAGCAAAGUGUGCACGGUGCGAGGGCUGAGGGACCGGCGCGUGCGGCUUUCAGUGCCGACGGCGAUUCAAUUGUACGAUCUGCAGGACCGGCUGGGAUUGAAUCAGCCGAGUAAAGUGGUGGAUUGGUUACUCGACGCGGCGAAGGGUGAUAUUGAUCAGCUUCCUCCUCUCCAGAUUCCUCCCAGAAUCUUUGAUCCUUUUUUGGCGGCGCCGCCGUCUACGGCGGUUUCCGCCGUUUCCACGCCGCCGCCGUUUACUUCUUUCUUAAGAUGGGACCCAUCUCCUCCUCCUCCUCCGACAAAACCGGAAUUGGACCAUUUCCACACCUUCAACAACGCCGUUUUAUCCUCCCCUUCUUUGCCGCCGUCCGCCGCCGUCUCCUCCCAGGUUCUUGUCUGUCCGCCGCCGGGAUUACAGCCAUAUUCCUUUCUCCACCACCCCGCCACCUCCCCGCAGGAGCUUGACCUGAAACAAAUCAUCAAUUUCCAGAUGCUGAUGAGCUCCACCUCACAGCCGCCUUUCUCAACCUCACUCCAGCCGCAGCCGCCGCCGCUCGUCAUCAAACCGAUGCAUUUUCUCCAUUCCCACCACGCCGGAGCCCCGCCGGACAAGAACGAAGAUCCAUGAAUUCCUUUACUUAACGGUGACAAUUCAAUUCGAUCAGAUCAAUUCAAGUAAUUUUCUUUAAUCCUGGUAUGUUAUCAACAGCGUUAUACAGAUCAUAUAUAUCCUGUUCUUAAUCCUAUAUGAUCCGUUCCAAAUCACAUUUCCAUUAUUAUUCCUUUCAAGUAUAUUAUAACUAUCCAAUUAUUCCAUUCCAGUUGAAUUUAAAGCUGCGAUUUCAUCAUAAUUCUUGUUUAUAUGAUGAUCAUGAGCUGUUUUCAUGUGUAAACUCUUCGCAAUAUAUAUAAAUAAGUUACUAUAUAUAUUGCUACUAUAAUAUAUAUAUCAUGUUUGUUUGGCCA